CAAUGGCGAAACAGCAUCCAAAAGAUUACCCUGGAUUGAAAGCAAGAUUUUUUCAUAGUGCUGCAACAGUAGGUGAUUCUGCACUAUUUGUGUGGGCUGGUGAGCAAGCUGGUUUGCCUAAAGUACAUGACAGUCCAGAGAAGAGAAAAUUUACUAAUACUAUACAACACUUUACUACCUCAUCUGGUCAAUGGUUUGCUAGAGAAACUACUGGUACUUCUCCAUUAGGAGUCAUGGGAUACUCUUGUGCUGCAAUAAAUGACCAUCUGUAUUAUUUUGGUGGCUAUUGCAAUCAUGACAACUGCUUUCACAACAGUAUUACACGACUGGAUACCAUUAGUCUUCAAUGGAGAGAAUUAGAACCAACUGAUGCAACUAGACCAGUUAUGAGGAGAGGCUUUGGUGGGAUGUUAUCGUUUGAACAUGAUGGAGUACAUUGCUUGCUAAUGAUAGGAGGAAUAGGAUCUAAACCAGCUGUACAACUGCUGCAUAAUAAAUACAUUGAGACAAUGCAUGAAAGAUCUAGUGGAAGAUGGCGUACUAAUGAGCACUCAAUGUAUAAUUUAUCAUUAGGAAAAUGGGACUAUGUAUCUGUCACUGGUCAGUGUAUACCAUCUGCUGAUGGUUUUAUAAUUGAAAAGAUCAGCAACACAAAAGCUAUUUUGUUUGGUGGAAUCGUACAAGAUGAUACAACUGAGGCCACUGCUAGCAAUGAUUUGUAUUUAUUAAAUAUUGACUUAUCACUCAGCACUGUGUCUUGGCAGUGUAUAAAAAAGCCUGAAGCAAUUGACAAAUGGCCUAUAGGUAGAUAUAUUCAUGCAGGUACUAUUAUUGUAGCUGAAUUACUCUACCCUCUACUGGUGAUAUGUGGUGGAAUGAAUAAUAAUAAUGAUAAAUUAGAUGACUGCUGGAUGUUUGAUAUUACUCAACGCACUUGGACAACUUGGACAAAAGUAGGUCACUCAUUUAGUAAGAGAUGGGCUCAUUCCCUCUCAGUGUUCACUUUUAGUCCUCGUUGUUUUUGGAUUAUUACUGUUGGAGGAGCAUUUGUUUCCAGAAGAGAAGUUACUAGCGAUGAACUGGUUCAGUAUCCAUAUAUAACAGUGAUGAAAAGCUUAGUUUUUAACAAAGAAAAAGUUAUAGUACAGGAUAUACCAGUAUCAAAUAAUAGACAGUACCAGAGUAUGUAUUUUCAGCAACUCCAACUAGGAAGAACGCACUGGCUGGAAUAUCAGAAGCAAAAAGAGGAAGUACAAGUAUGGGAAGGGCACCAGCUUACAGAAUAUAAAACAUCACUAAAAGAGGAACUAGAGAUACAAGCUAUUAAACAACAAUUAAGGAAUGAGCAAGAUCAUAGCCGUCAAUUAACAAUAAAAAUAGAAAAAAAGGAGACAGAACAUUAUCUAGAAUUACAAGAGAAAGAUCAGAAAUAUCACCAUCAAUUGCAAGAAAAUAAGGCAGAAAAGGAACUAGAAAUACAAAGAAUCUGCUUUCAGUUACAGGAGAGGCUGGAGAGUGAGAAGGCAGCAAAAGAUCUAGAAAUACAAAAUUACCAUCAUCGGCUACAAGAAAAGGAGCGAGAAAUGCAAGAAUAUUACCAUCAUUUUGAUCAGUUAAAAGGGAAGGAGGCUGAAAUCCAAAGAUGUCAUUUUCAGUUGGAGGAGCAAGAGAGGGAGAAAGCCAAAACAGACCAAGAAUUACAGAAUUAUUAUUACCAGUUGCAGGAGAAAGAAAAAAUGGAGUCACUUAAAAAUCAAGAAAUACAAAGAUACCUUCAACAACUGCAAAAAAAGGAGGACGAAAUACAAAUUUACUUUAAUCAACUGCAAGAAUACUGUCGUCAGUUGUCAGAGAAAGAGAGAGAAAAAGCAGAAAAAGAUCAAGAAAUACAAAAAUACCAAUAUCAGUUACAAGAGAAGGAGAAAACUGAUGCAUUUUCAAAGCAAGAAAUACAAAAAUACCAUCAACGAUUGCAAGAAAAAGAGCAAGAGAACUUAAAAAAGGAUAAAGAAAAGCAAAUAUAUUAUCAAAAAAUACAAGAAAAUGAGAGAGAUCAAACAGAGACAAAGCGAAGGCAUUCUCUACAAUUGUCAGAAAAAGAAACAGAAAUUCAAAAAUGCCAUCAACAAUUGCAAGAAAAAGAGCAAGAAAACUUAAAGAAGGAGAAAGAAAUACAAGAAAGUGAGAGAGAGAAGACAGAGACAAAGCGAAGGCAUUCUCUACAAAUGUCAGAAAAAGAAACAGAAAUUCAAAAAUGCCAUCAACAUUUAAGAAAAAAGGAAGCAGAGAAGGAGCAAUAUCGCCAUCAGCUAAAAGAAAAUGAAAAUAAAUAUAUUCAACAGUUACGACAGAAAGACAAGGAACUUUCAGAGAAGCAAAAGUAUCAUCAUCUUCAGUUGCAAGAGAAUGAGGCAAAAAUGAAGCAAAAAAUACAAAAUUUUGAUCAUGAGUUACAAAAGCUAAAGAAGGAGCUAGAAGAUAAAGAAAAAGAGACACAAAGGCUUAGUCAGCUGUUACUGAAGGAGCAAAGAGAAAAAGAUAAAAAGAUCCAGCUACUAUUGCAGCAAAUACAACAGUAUAAGCAUCAGUUACAAGAAAAUGAUAGUAUGAUUCAAGUUCAAAAGGAAAAGGCUGAAGAAAAAGUUCAGGGGAUCAAAUUGCUUCAUUCCUCACAAACGAUGUUUGAUGAGCAUAAGGAGCAAGUACCCAUUGUGCCAUCAAAACAGAAGGAGCAACUUGAUACAAAAGCUGCUGAAAGUGUAACUAAAACUGAAGAUGAACUUAAAGGUGUACACGUUGCUGAUAAAAAGUCAUUUCUUAUUCACGGUGGACCUGACCAGUCAGUUAAUUGGGAGGAAUAUGGUAUAAGGAUAACAAUACCACAAGGAGCAGUGCUGCCCUCUGAUACUGUACAGGUUACUAUCACUGCUCUUGUAGGAGGAGAUUUUAUAUUUCCUGAAGACACUGAGCUUGUUAGUGCAGUAUAUGCUAUAAACCUCUCCAAACCUUUCCUUGAACCAGUUAAACUUGAGAUACAGCAUUGUGUUUCCAUAAAAACACCAGCUCAUGGCAAUUACCUUAGUUUUUCUACCACAACUAAUAAUCAGCCACCUUACAAGUUCAAUACAGUAGAUGGUGGAGAAUUUUCAAUUGGCAACAGAUAUGGUAGCAUAAGCAUUGCUAAGUUUUCUAAGUGGUCUGUUGUCAUGAAAUGCAGGAGAAGAACACGUGUGCAUCCAUAUCGCAUAGAAAAAUCAUCACAUAAAAAAGAACACGAAUCUCUCUCAGUUUCAUCAUCAUCACAGUCUUCAACUAGUAUUGAAGAAUCGCCUAAGCUCCCUAAUAUUGAAGAACCACCAGUGAUUCCGUUAAAGAGAACAAUUGAUGCAUCAGAACAAAAUCAGUUAAUGAUACACAUACCAGUGGAGAUAUUAGAAGAUGAAUCACCUGUUAAGCUUUACUUUGGUCAAGUAAUGUAUGAGGUUAGAAUAACAGGAAGAGAAUGGUUGAUGAGAUUUCUGCUUUGUCAAGAUCUAAAUGCACUAAUAGAGCAUAUUAAAAAAGAAUUCAAGAGUUCUGAAGAAUAUAUGGAGAUAUCUUUUCAGUUUGAAGAUUAUGAUGGAUGCAUUGAGUUGUGCUUUAAUGAUAAAGAAUGUCCUAAAGGAUGGUCAGUGAGACCCCGUCAGAAACCUUCAAAAGUAAGCCAGAAUGUUAUUGAUGAAUAUGGCAGCAUGUCUCCUCCUCGAUUUCCAAAAUGUGUAUUCACAAUCACAGCUACACCUGGUGAAGAAGCAGUUAAGGAAUUAAGUUAUCCUAUCCCAAUCCAAGGAAUAAAAUCUGACACCGAGGAAAUAAAUAUUGUAUUAACAAUGGGUGAUUUUCAACAAAAGCCUGUAGAAACUAUUGCAUCACCAUCAGGUUCAAUUUCUCCAGAGGAAAGGCAACUUCAAUUAGCAGGAGAAGUGUUACGAGAUAAUUUUAAAACACUUUCUAAGAUUCUGGCAGCUCCAAGUAACCUUUCAACUGUCAUCAUGAACUUGUAUGCUAAAAAAUUGAUUACUGGUGCAACUUCUACAGAAUGCAUGAAUACUGGCAGACCAGUUCAAGACAGGUGUGCUUCAUUACUGUUUGCUCUUCAAUCUACAGUUACUACACAACCUCAGUCAAUGUUAACUUUAAUUGGAGUAUUAAAAGAAGAAGAAGCUUUCAAAGACAUUGCUGAAAAUAUGGACUUGCAAAUGUCACUGAAUAUUUAUACAACCCAUUAGUUGCCAAUUUUUUAGCAGAUUUUUUUCAGUAUUAGGACUCAGAAAACAAAAACCUAUCACAUUAAAGUUUAUGUAGGCAAUUGUCAGUAUCGUAUUUUAAUGCUCAUGUUGUAUUGACUGGAAAAUAACAAGAUUAGUCUCAAAACCAUUGUGACACCUAUAAUUGUUUAAACAAAUUGUGCAAACUUGUUUAUUUUAUUUUGUUAGUUAUUUAAGUCAACUCAAUAUUGUCCAGGUUAUCUGGUGAUCUUCCUCUUCUUUCUUCAGUUGUAUUUUUGUUGCAUCUUUUCCCCACAAAGAAACCAAA